CUAAACCCAAAUUCAUCACUCAUUAGCUUGGAUUCCAGCACCAUGGCAAGAUCUUUGCUGGGCCUCCUAUUGCUCUUUUGGUUUCUUCCAGCCACCUGGCUAACACCGCAGACACCGCAGACACCGCUCGCGCAGACGCGGCUCGCGCAGACGCGGCGUGCCGCCACAGCGCGGCUUCCGCGGCGGGCGGAGCCUUCAGCGGCAAAGAAGAAGACGCGCGAGGAGGAGAAGGAGCUGAGAGAGGAAAUAUCGUUUUUUGAAUAUGUUUGAAGCAGCUGAGUGUUUCUGUCUUGGAAGAAAUCCUGUACCACCUGGAUGCCCUCCGCACCGAAACCCUCUUCCAGGAGUCGGAACGAAUGGUUGGAGAGUCUGUGGGGGACUACAAAGUGGAGUAUCUCGUCUUCCUUUUGGUCUUGGUGGUUGCUGGCACCGUCUUCAACCCCUUCCAGUGAAAACAGGAUGAGGACAGAGAGGAGCGCCGGUGGUGGAGUUUUUUCUUUUCUGCGGUGAGACGAUGGUUUGAUGUCAACGUGAGCGGUGCGCGGUUUUGUGCGAAAAA